UUUAGGCAGAUUUGUGAUUUAUUUUACCUUAUGAUGGGAUGUGCUGUAUACUUUUCACUGAUGUUUCAUUUACACAAACGAGCUCCAUUCGAUACACAUGUGCAUAUUAUUUUGGUUCAUACAAUAUUAUUUACAAUUAUAUCACAUAUUGCACAGAUUAUUUCCAAUUCUAAUCCAAUCUUCAGUUUGAUGCAUAAUUUUUGUUUCAUAUUAAUUGGUUCGUGGCUUUGUCAUAUUGGAUUAUACCUUUAUUCACCAUGGAGUUGGUUAAUUGUUCGGGAUCAGAAUGACGUAAUAUCCAUUAUACACGCGAAUAACACCUUCUCAUAUCAUAUGAUAAUAAUCUGCUUGACUAUAAUCAUGAUGAUGUUUAUUUUAAAUAGGAAAAGUCGGCAUACAAUACAACAAUCUCGUUUUUCUGAACACAAUCUACAAAGACCCCCUGUGAAACAAUGUUAUUCAUGAACAAUUAACGAGUAUCGAUCUAUGAGCUAAAAUUGUAGAUAACGUUUUUAAAUAAAUAUGGUUGUGAAUUUCUGUAGUUCUUUUGUCACCUUACAAUCUUAUUGAUAGAUAAACUUAUCAAAGUAACUUCAAAAUGAUCUUUCAAGGAUUUGUUGUUUUGCAGAUAAAUAUAUACAUCAAAAGUUGAUAAUUCUUUUUUAAAAAAAAAUAAAAACACUGGUUUUGUGUGA